AUGAGGACCCGUCUCGUUGCAGGCCUUCUACUGGUGGCAUACCUUGAGCUGUUUACCACACCCGUCAUGGCCGAGAAGACUCGCAGCACGCCAUUCAAGCUAGGAAAUAUGUCUGCAAACGCCGUUGCGCGGACCCCCACGGUUACCUCACUGGUCGAAGCGCUGGUAACCAAUGCCCAGAUCAGCACGAAGAGGGUCGCCUCUGUCCUGAAGGAAAUCGAACCCCCCAACCCAGAGGCCUCUCUGCUGCUGGACCUUCUGGCUGCGGGCGAGUCGUCUUGCCCCCAGAAGGACAACAUCACGCGUGACUUCGGCACCGAGAACUCUGCUGGCAAGGACACCACAUCGACCCUGGAGUCGCAUUCCCUCGGUUCCUGCAGCGACGUCUACGAACUUUGUUUCGAGUCGUGCUCCGUCGGGAAGGGCCUCUUCAAGAAGAAGAACACGCCCGCUGAGGGAUCUUGUCACGUCGUAUGCGCCGUAGCCCAGGAGGGCUGUCAGAGCUGCUCGAAGAAACACUACAAGCGCAGCAUGAUCGCCACCCUGCAAGGCUUGGUGCGCGUCGUGUCCACCGUUGUCUACUGGAUGUGCUACCUUCUUGCUGUGAUCACUUGUUGCGUUGGCACUAUCGCUUGGCUCGUGGUCGGCCUGUUCUACUGGGAACCAACCGUGCCCCUUUUCUCGUGGGCCGAGUCUUGGCUGCCUCCGGCGAUCGUGGUGGUGUCCUACAUCCAUCGCCAGAUGGACAGGCUUCGGCAGGAGGUUCAGAGGAGAAGCGUCAUUAAGGUUCGCCAAGGCCAAGACGAGGACGGCCAAGUCUACAUGGCCCUGAGGGAAGCGGUCGUCGCCGACGAGGAAACCCGUCGCCUGUAA